AUGGUUUGGACGAAAUCCACUUGUGUUCUCUCUUUCACCUUGUUUUUUGCCCACAUAGCAGCUGUAUCAAUUAAGCAUCUCUCUAAAGGAAAUGUACAUGAUGAAGAGUUUCAUGAACAGAAGGAUAUUUCAGAAAUCAACUUAGCUGCGGGUUUGGACCUCUUUCAAGGAGACAUCCUCCUGCGAAACUCCAGAAAUGGCCUGAGAGACCCUAACACCAGGUGGAAGUUCCCCAUUCCUUACAUUCUGGCUGACAAUCUGGUUUGUAACUCCAUCCCCAAGUACUUGAUGAAGAGGUGCUGGUCUGAGGUUGGCGAUCAACAUGUGGGACAGAACCUUUCUGUUGGCCUGGGAUGUGACUAUAAGGCCAUCAUUGAACAUGAGAUCCUCCAUGCUUUGGGACUUUACCAUGAGCAGUCAAGAACUGACCGAGAUGACUAUGUGAACAUCUGGUGGGAUGAAAUUCUUCCAGGUUUCAAACACAACUUUGACACCUAUGAUGACACUGUCAUCACAGACCUCAACACGCCCUAUGACUAUGAGUCUUUGAUGCACUAUAAGCCUUUCUCAUUUAACAAGAAUGACAGUGCUCCUACCAUCACGGCCAAGAUCCCUGAGUUUAACACCAUCAUUGGGCAGCGUCUGGAUUUCAGUGUCACUGAUUUGGAGAAGCUGAACCGAAUGUACAAUUGCACCACAACUCACACACUUUUGGACCACUGUGCUUUUGAGAAGGCAAACAUCUGUGGGAUGAUUCAGGGUACCAGGGAUGAUGCUGACUGGGUCCAUGAGGACAGCACUCAGUCUGGACAAGUGGAUCACACGUUGGUGGGACGAUGCACGGGAGCUGGCUACUUCAUGCACUUCAGCACCAGCUCGGGGAUGGCAAAAGAGGCAGCCCUGCUGGAGUCUCGGAUUCUCUACCCAAAGAGGAAGCAGCAGUGCCUGCAGUUUUUCUAUAAAAUGACAGGAAGCCCUUCAGAUCAACUGGUCAUCUGGGUCAAGAGGGAUGACGGCACCGGCAAUGUUCGCAAGCUGGUCAAGGUGCAGACCUUCCAAGGAGAUUUGGACCAAAAUUGGAAAAUUGCCCAUGUGAUGCUCAGAGAAGAAAAGAAGUUUCGCUACAUGUUCCAGGGCACAAAAGGUGACCCCCAGAACUCAAAUGGGGGAAUUUACCUGGAUGAUAUCACUCUGACGGAAACCCCAUGCCCCGCAGGCGUUUGGACCAUACGGAAUUUCUCCCAGGUCCUUCAGAACACGGUUCCAGGGAAUAAGCUCCUGAGCCCUCGAUUCUACAAUUCAGAGGGAUAUGGUUUUGGGUUGACCUUAUACCCAAAUGGCAGAUUCAGCUCCAGUAGCUCUGGCUACUUGGGACUUACUUUUCACCUGUGCAGUGGGGAGAAUGAUGCUAUCCUGGAGUGGCCAGUGGAAAACAGACAGGUGGUAAUGACCAUCCUCGACCAGGAACCUGAUGCCAGGAAUAGAAUGUCCUCAAGCAUGGUGUUCACUACCUCCAAGUCCCAGACAUCUUCAGCAAUAAAUGACUCCGUCAUCUGGGACAGGCCAUCCAUCAUGGGAUCCUAUGAUAAGGACUGUGAUUGUUUUAGAAGCAUUGACUGGGGCUGGAGUAGUGUCAUCUCCCACCAAAUGCUAAGAAGGAAGAGUUUCCUUAAAAAUGAUGACCUUAUACUUUUUGUGGACUUUGAAGAUAUCACCUACCUUAACCACACUGAAGUUCCAACUCAAAACACAAGGCUGAUUCCCGAAGGCCUUGUUCUCCAGGACCAGGAGCAGCAGGCCUCAGAAGAAGGUUCGGGAAAGGUCUUGUUAGAGAAAGCGCUCCCCAGCAGCCUGGACCAGGGGCAGCCCAGCCGACAGAAGCGGUCAGUAGAGAGCACAGGCCCUCUGGAAGACCGCAACUGGCCACAGUACUUCAGAGAUCCGUGUGACCCGAAUCCUUGCCAAAAUGAAGGCAUCUGUGUGAACGUGAAGGGGAUGGCGAGCUGCAGGUGUGUCUCCAGUCAUGCUUUCUUCUACACGGGGGAGCAUUGUCAGGCCAUGCAAGUGCACGGCAGCAUCCUGGGCCUGCUGAUCGGAGGCACGGCCGGCGUGAUCUUCUUGACCUUCAGCAUCAUCUCCAUCCUUUCUCAAAAGCCAAAGUAG